AAAACAAAACAUGAAAGACUUGAGAUUUGGUUUCAACGAGGAAAUCCAACGUUAGAUUGUUGCAUAUCAGGUUUCUCACUCACUCUGUCUGAAUAACAACCAAAUCUAACGUAGUUUUAGUCUCCUGCUUCAACAAUUUUUCACCUUCAAUUCUUUCGAUUUGAAAGGUUUUGUCUCUCACCGUACAAGUUUCGUUACUGAACACUCUAAUGCAGAAAAGUGCGGGAAGUAUUACAAGCCACUUGCUUGGAGGUUUAUAUUGUUGUCUAAGAAGAUGCAUAUUUGCCGUUUUAUCAGCCGGCCCUUUACCGAAUCAUAUUGCUUUCAUCAUGGAUGGGAAUCGAAGGUACGCUAGGAGGAGAAACAUGGGAGAAGGUGAUGGUCAUAAGGCUGGAUUUUCAGCUCUCUUGUCUGUCCUUAGAUACUGUUAUGAAUUGGGAAUUAAGUAUGUAACUGUCUAUGCAUUCAGCAUUGAUAAUUUCAGAAGGAAGCCUAAAGAGGUUCAAACAUUCAUGGAAUUGAUGCGGGAGAAGAUUGAAGAGUUGCUUCAACAGGAAAGCAUUAUUAAUGAAUACGGCGUUAGAUUACAUUUCAUUGGAAACAUGCAACUAUUGACCGAACCUGUCAGGGUUGCCGCAGAAAAGGCAAUGAGAGUUACUGCACACAACCAAGAGAGAGUUCUUUUAAUUUGUGUUGCUUAUACUUCGCGCGAUGAGAUUGUGCAUGCUGUUCAAGAAUCCUGCAAGGAUAAAUGGAACGAAAUUCAACCAUCCAAGGAAGAUAAAGUUUCCAAUGGUGAAUUUACAAGAAUUAAUCAGGGCCUGAAAAGAAACGGUCUUGAUUUGAAUUUUCACAAUUCAUGUAACGAAAAUGAAACCAAAGCUUGUAGUAUUCUACAUGAAGAAGCAGAAGGUGCUGAAGAGAAAGAUGCUUUGUUAGAGCAAAACGUUAAAAAACAUGAUGAUAAUUACAGUGAAGGUGAAAUCACAUCUUGCAAUGGGACGGUUGAAAUAACUGAAGAGAGAAAAUACAAGCAGCACCAGAUUGCUUCUAUAAAACUAGUUGAUAUCGAGAAGCACAUGUAUAUGGCAGUGGCACCUGACCCAGAUAUAUUGAUCAGAACUUCUGGAGAGGCACGUCUCAGUAAUUUUCUUCUUUGGCAGACUAGUGCAUGCCCUUUGUAUGCACCAAAAGUACUUUGGCCUGAAAUUGGUCUGAGACACUUGGUGUGGGCAGUAUUGAACUUUCAGAGACACCAUUUUUACUUGGAAAAGAAAAAGAAACAGUUUUGAUUGUAACCUUACUCAGCUAUGAUUCAGAGAUAAUUUAUGUGAUGAUAGUUUGUUUUUCUA